UCUAUAAUUUGUUUAAACAAGGCAAUUCAGAUCAGAUCAGAUCAUAACAAUCUAUGAUCGUAAGGAUCUGUCUGUGAUAACUAUCCAAUAUUUGUCUAUGUCCAUAGGUCUAUGUCUAUAUCCUACGAAGCCAUCAAAUAAGUAUUAAGCAAAAUGAGAAAAUAAGUUAUCCUUAAUAGAAUCACAGUAGAAUCAGGUAGAAUUAAAACUAAUGCCGUUUUUUACAGUACUCUACAGCAAUUCUGCAAUGCUAUAUAAUAUAAUAAUAAUACUGUAAUAUCGUAAUGGUAUAAUAUUCCACGUUCAUCAAGUGCAAGUAUUAAUGUAAGAUAAAAGUGUAAAAUAUUGUCUUACUAAAGUUAAAAUAAGUUUUAUUCAUUGAUCUGCACUUGCUCUGGGUAAUUAUUAAUAAUAAUCAUAUACUAAUAUAUGUAUAUAUUUAAAAUAGGAGAAAAGCUUGUAGCAUGGCAUACAAAGCAAGACUCCGAGGGUUUGAUGAUAUACUGCAAAAUGACAUAAUUGAUAUAAAGAAAUUGAAAGAGCUUGCAUUUAAUGGGAUUCCUGAUGAUCAAGGAAAAAGAGCUAUAUGUUGGAGGCUUUUGUUAAAUUAUCUUCCCCCUGAAAGAGCAAGCUGGACAGCAUUUUUAGCUCAAAAAAGAGAGCUGUACAAUCAUUUUAUCGAUGAAAUGAUUAUUAUACCUGGAAGUCAGUGUUCUGAAGGAGAUCAUCCUUUAAGUCUAAAUCCUGAUAGUAUGUGGCAAACGUUUUUUAAAGAUAAUGAAGUCCUACUGCAAAUUGAUAAAGAUGUAAGAAGGUUAUGUCCGGACAUUUCAUUUUUUCAACAACCAACUGACUUUCCUUGCAGUCAAAUUGUUAAUAGUAUGGAUGCAAAGAGGCUUCACAGACGAGUAGAGUUUAGUGUUCUUAAAAGUGCAAAUGUUGAAAGAAAAGGAUUAGGAAUUACAAAGAUAGCCCUGUCGUUGAAAAAAGCUAACGAAGAUUACGCACCAAUGGCAGAAGGCGAAGAGGCUCAUUGGGAGGUGGUAGAAAGAAUUCUAUUCCUAUAUGCAAAAUUGAAUCCAGGUCAAAGUUAUGUGCAAGGAAUGAAUGAAAUAUUAGGCCCAAUUUACUAUGCUUUUGCAUCAGAUCCUGAUCCCAACUACAGAGAGUAUGCCGAAGCUGAUAGUUUUUUCUGUUUCACAAAUCUAAUGUCAGAAAUAAGAGACUUUUUCAUAAAAAGUUUAGAUGAAACGGACUGUGGUAUAAAUAGCAUGAUGUCUCGAUUAUUAGUUCAACUUAAAAACAGCGAUUUGGAUAUUUGGCUAAAGUUUCAACAACUUGAAUUAAGGCCUCAAUACUAUAGUUUCAGAUGGUUAACGUUACUUUUAUCUCAAGAAUUCCCUUUACCGGACGUUUUAAGAAUUUGGGAUUCACUAUUUUCUGAUGAAAAUAGGUUCGAUUUUCUCAUUUACAUUUGCUGUGCCAUGAUAAUCAUUUUGAGAAAUCAACUUCUUUCUGGAGAUUUCCCUAGUUGUUUAAAAUUACUCCAGAAUUUUCCUCCAAUGGACAUACAAAUCAUUUUAAAUAAGGCCGUCGAACUUUCAAAACAGAAAGUAUGAUGUAUAUUAUCAGUUACUAUAAUACUUUUCAUAUGUUAAGGAUAAAAUUAAAAAAAUAAUACAGCUGAGUAAAUUAAGUUUGUACUUUCAUAUGUCCUUUU